AUGACCUCUCUUUUGACCCGUGCUCCCUUUCCGGCCAGCGGCACCAACAUGACCACCGCUCUCCCCAGUGCUCACACGCAACGCAUGCGUCAGACGCAGCCCUCACAACACCACCAAGCCGCCAACGGACACCAUGUUUUCACGAGCCCGACCGAGAGCGAAUUCUCCGAAAACCACAAAGAUGCACGGGAUUCCGUCGCCCACUGGGAUGAAAUGCGCGUCUGCGAGUGGUUGCGGAGCAUCAAUUGCAGUCAAUACGUCGACAUCUUCCGCAAGAACCACAUCACGGGGGAAAACUUGAUGGACAUCGACCAGGCGACGCUGAAGGAGAUGGGAAUUAAGAAGAUUGGCGACCGUGUGCGUAUCGGCACGCAAGCAAAAGUGUUUCGUAAUAAUGUAUAUCGGCGGACGAGCAAACGGAAUACCAACAGGCUUUCUCUCGCAGCACUCGAUGUCAAUGCACAUCAGCAGCAGCAACAGCACACACCACCAUCCGACUCGCCCCGAGCGUUGCAUUCUGCUCGCCCGGGGACGACUUCUCGCGCCGACAAGCGAAUGUCGAGGCAGAUGGGUAGCACGGACAUGAACUACGCCGUACACCGUGGAGCAAAGACGAUUUCGCGGCCGAGCUCUCCAUUGGUCGACCAGGAGAAUCGUUCACGAGCACUGCGACAUGGAGCUCCCAGCCCGAUGAAGGAGAGCAGCUCGGCCUACCCUAACCCACCCCUGACGGCCCGGCUAGCACCCAACUCUCGAGGAACUCCACACAUUCGAUCAUCGCCCUCCAUGGAUGACAUGAACUUCACGGCCAGUUCACUGCCACCGGGCAAGCCUUGGAUCAAGGUCAUAUUUGAGAAUGGUGUUGGCAAGAUUAUAGACAUUGUCAACUUCAGGACCGCCGAAGACAUCAUCCGUGCCACCCUGAAAAAGGGUCAACUCAACGAGAAUCAUUUCAGGUCAUAUUGUUUCUACGUUCUCGACGGCACGGAUCCCAGUCCCGCAUUCUGCCGACGGCUAGGAGAGGCCGAGCUGUGUAAGCUCUGCAACGACACAGUCCGGAGCGAGCGAGGUCGUUUGAUACUGCGAAAGAUUCACGCUGGAGAGCCCGAGGGCGAGCAACUACUGUCUGCGGCACGAAUAGCAGAGAAGCAACGGCCGGAGCCACCUGCAAUUGAAGUUCAACAGCCAUUCAAGAGUAGAAGUCAGCUCAAGGUUGAGAAGCUCACCGGAGAGCCACUGGCCGCUGUCAGCUAUCCAAUGAGCCCAGCAAGCGCAGCAGAACGUAAUGACUACUUCGAAGAGCAGACAAGCGGGAGCAUUACGCGUAAUGUCAGCACCGGGUCAUCACUUUCCGCGCGUGCUAGGAAGCUGAAGGACUUUUACGGCGCGAGACCGCCCACAGAGUUGAUCACACAAGACCUGCAAUCCUACUUCCCGGAAGUGGCCCGAGAAGACAUGGACCGCACAGUACGCAUGUCGAUACGCAGGAGCAAGAGGUUAAGUCGUGCUGUACGUACACUCAGCAUGGCCAGUAACUUCAGUGUCGCCAGCAGCCUCAAAGAUGCUCCACCGCUCCCCACCAUUGCCGACACCUGGCUAAGGGAGACCGGGCAACUUCAAAAAGCCGGACUCCGUCCAUUGAGUGUUGUUCGCCUCGGCAGGUCAGAUUCACAUCGUGAGUCUGUUGCUAGCAGUAUGUUGGAACCUCUGGACGAGGAGUCACCUCUCGAACCAAACAGGAAGAGCUACGUUUCUUUCGGUGGAGACAGUGGCUCAGACACGACCACCAGCAAUCUGGCCAUUACCGAUCCGGACGGCCAGACAGUGCUCCAAUCAUACUUCGACGACGGAACCAGCAGUCCGACACCGACCGAAGGUGGUAGUGACAGUAUCAACUCCCGACUAUCCCGCUUCAUUGCCGAAGAUGGCGAGGAGUCGGACGAAGAGCUCAUUCAGCAUCUCGAAGCAAGCAGCUGGGAUGACUUGAAAUACAUGAAGGGUGCUAUGAUUGGUCAGGGAUCUUUUGGCACCGUCUUCCUCGCCCUACACGCCGUCACCGCAGAGUUGAUGGCCGUGAAGCAGGUCGAGAUGCCCUCUAAUGCUGGAUCCAAGAUGGACUCCAGGAAAAACAACAUGAUCGAGGCCCUGAAGCAUGAAAUCAGUUUGCUCAGAGACCUCAAGCACACCAACAUUGUACAAUAUCUCGGAUCGAACAGCGACGAGAAGAACCUGAACAUUUUCUUGGAGUACGUCGCUGGUGGCUCGGUCGCAACGAUGCUUGUCAACUACGGGUCCUUGCCAGAGGGACUCAUCGCCAACUUCGUGCGCCAAAUUUUGCAAGGCCUCAACUACCUCCAUUCCAAGGACAUCAUUCAUCGUGACAUCAAGGGUGCCAACAUCCUUGUCGACAACAAAGGCACCGUGAAGAUUUCCGAUUUUGGCAUCAGCAAACGCGUGGAGGCUUCGACUCUGCUUAACCCAGGCCCGCAUCUCAAACGUGGUGGGCCUCGUGUGUCUCUCCAAGGCUCCGUGUUUUGGAUGGCACCCGAAGUCGUGCGUCAAACCGCCUAUACGAAGAAGGCUGAUAUUUGGAGUUUGGGAUGUCUUAUCGUGGAGAUGUUUACUGGCAGCCACCCGCAUCCCAACUGUACGCAACUGCAAGCCAUCUUCAAGAUUGGACAGACAAAUACCGAUAGUGCCCGUCCAGACCUUCCUGACAUGGCCAGCGAGGAUGCAAAGGAUUUCUUGAAGAAGACCUUUGAAAUUGAGCAUGAGAAACGACCGAGUGCAGAGGAGCUCAUUGGAAGCCCUUUCGCAAACGCAAAGGCUUGA